CAGCGUGCGGUCGGGGAAUCAUAUGCUUGUGGCCCACGUGGGUGGCGAGUCCCCACUGCCCCGGCUGGACAGAGAGCUCUGGGGCGAACAAGCUUCUGGGCAUGCUCGCAGCGCUCUCCAGCGUACCACCACCCCCGCUCGACGUCCCCCGCCUGCCCGAUGAACUACCUGCGGGGUGCAGUCAGCGCCAUCAGUGCCCCCUACCAGUACUACAAGGAUCUCAACCCCGCCACCCUCACGGGCGCUAUAGACGUCAUCGUAGUGAGACGACCGAGGCAGCAGGAUGGCCAGUCGAACAAUGCACACCCAGCAGAGGACGGCCAUGAGCUCGUCUGCUCGCCGUUCCAUGUCAGGUUUGGAAAGUGGCAGGUGCUCAGGCCGGGCGACAAGAAGGUCAAUAUGUUUGUCAAUGGGAACCAAGUCCCGUUUCCCAUGAAGAUUGGUGAGGCUGGAGAGGCCUUCUUCAUUUUUGAGACCGACGAGGACGUCCCCGACAGCCUUGUUACCAGUCCUCUUCUGGAGGCGACCCAGCCUGGGCAGACAAAUGCAGACGUGCAGCGCGCCGGGAGAUUCGGAGCCAAAGAAGGGUCCGAGAAACAACCCGAAGAGCCUGGCGCGGAAACCCAAGAGCCCGAGUUCCUUGACCUCAACGCUCCCGAACCACAAGAAGACCUCUCCCUGCAUGCCGAGCAUCAAAGGUUCGAAGAUGCUGAGGGCAAAGCAUCACUCCUUACACAAACUGCGCAGCUCGGAAAGGCAAUCGUUGGCGCAACUGUGGAGGCAGGGAAGUCUGAAAGCGACAAACUCAAGGAUGAAACGUUGACAGAGGCCGUCACCGAGGUCGAGAAGGACAAAGAGACGUUUCUGAGGGAGAAGGCCCUUGCAGCUCACAACGCUGCGAAGCACCCCGUUGACAGCUUCCGCAGUAACAAGGGCGAUGAGGUUUUGCCAGACACGGACAACGUGGAGGGUCCUGACGUUGUAUAUACCGACGAUAUGGUGUUUGAUAUGGAGGGAUAUCACUCGCACCAAAGGAGUCGAUCAGGUGGAUCCAUCACCCCGCGUGGUUCGUCGAGCUCUCAAGUUCCUAGCCCGCCGAGUACACCAGGGCCCUCCCGCACACCAUCACCGCCUGUCAAUGCGCCUAUCCCCUUCCCUACCAUGCGGGCCACCUCCGAACCUCCCUUCGAGCACCCGACCGGCAUGACGCCUCCACUAGCCGCACUCACCCCACCGACAACCCCCCCUACACGCUCGCCAUCCAUGUCGCGGAUGCACGCGACGAAAGCCAAAGUGGGCCCGCACGCGACAAUCCCGGUGCGGCGUGCUCCGGAGACGGAGGAGUACAUGUGGGAGUGGGGCAACUUCCCGCAGCGGACCCCGGUGCGCACUACGUUUCCGUCUAUGGACGGCCUGGGCCCGAGCCGUAAGGGCAAGGAGCGCAUGUCAGACUUGAUACUGGACACGAAUAUUAACGGGAAGGAGCGCGAGGGGGAAAUGGUGUCAUCCCCCGUGUCUAUGGAGGAGGAGGGUAAGGGUGAGCUGACGUUUGGGAAGGGCGGGCGCUUGGCCAUUGAUCGGCGGAAUCCGACGCGCUUCAGGGUGUCGAUCGAACGGCGGGUGGUAGACUUUGAGUUGAGUAUCGUGUCUGGCGCGGGUAGGCGAGACAGGCAGAGUGGGAAGGGGCCGUUAGGUGGUGAGGAUGAGGUGGUGGAUAUGCAGCACUUCGAGGAGGGGAGGGUAGACUUUGAGAGAUUCAUCAAUGAUGAUAAGGUCAUCAGCGACCAGGACUUGGUCUUGAGAUGGGCUGGAGACAUGUACAUCACACGGCAGGAUGGGUCUCCGUUGAUGGACGCGCUCGUCCUGUGGCGGGAUGCUGCACUGCGCGGCAAGCUCGCUCGCUCGCCGUCCCGAUCGCCGUCACUAAGCUGGGAGGAACGUCGCAGUAGACUGAAGAACAUAGACGAAGAGGUUCCUUAUGCUUCGGAUGAGGAGCCACUGCAUAUGGAUCGCACAAAAUCCGACAUGUCGGGCUCAACAGUUACAGAGAAGACCCCUCCCCCUUCAUCGUCGUCGUGGGUACGCUGGUGGAGCCGAAGCCGCAAUGAGGAGCCGACUCAACGACCGAACUUCAAGUCGAUGAAUACAGCGCCGUCCACCGUGCAAAGAAGCGACACGCAAGCGCUGCAACGGGGACCGUCGCCUACAAAGCGAUCCUCGUCUGUUACGCCGAUCUCUGUCCCACUUCGCUCGACUGAACGCGGGAUGCCCGGGUCGCCGUCGUCUGACACAUCCUCUGAAGACGAUCAACCCAAACGGUACGCGAAGACCUUACGGCUUACCUCAGAGCAGCUAAAAUCACUCGAUUUGAAGCCAGGAGCGAACAGCAUCACUUUCUCUCUAUCAGCGACAGGGGCUGCUGCGUGUACCGCACGCCUCUUCGUCUGGGAGCACACCGACCAGGUCGUCAUCUCGGACAUUGACGGAACGAUCACGAAGUCAGAUGCGCUAGGCCACGUCUUCACGAUGAUCGGUCGCGACUGGACGCACCUCGGCGUCGCGAAGCUGUACACGGACAUCUGUCGCAACGGCUACAAGAUCUUGUACCUCACCUCGCGUGCCAUCGGCCAAGCGGAUUCGACGCGUGAUUACCUGAAAGGGGUCAAGCAGAAUGACUACCAGCUACCGGAGGGCCCCGUCAUCAUGAGCCCCGAUCGGCUGCUGACGUCGUUACAUCGUGAGGUGAUUAUGCGCAAACCCGAGGUAUUCAAGAUGGCCGCUUUGCGGGACAUCCAGAAGCUGUUCGGGACGACUGCGAAGAACCCAUUCUACGCUGGGUUUGGCAACCGCAUUACCGACGCGCUCUCAUAUCGCAGUGUUGGCGUGCCUAGCUCUAGGAUCUUCACGAUUGACUCAAAUAGUGAAGUGCGGAUGGAGCUACUCGAGCUAGCAGGUUACAAGUCUUCGUACAUCCAUAUGACAGACCUGGUCGACCAGAUGUUCCCUCCGAUCAACCGUACAUGGGCCGCAGAGUUCACCGACUUCAACUACUGGAAACAACCCAUGCAGGAUUUCCCGCUUCCCGACCUCACACCACCCUCACCCGCUCUGAGUGCUCGAUCCGACACGUCGAAUCAGAGUACGCUUGCCCGCCUCAGGCACUUCAGUCUCAUGGGAGGUCGGCAGACGAACAAUAUGGACAGGUUCACCCUACCGCCACCGGCGACGAGGGCGACUGACAAGGACGCCACAGCGCAGGAGCGUCGGAACGAGACCCACCUGCGCCAGAUGUCGUCCUUCGAGCGGCUGAGCAGUACGCUGUCUGCUCUGGCACAGUCCGCAUCCCCGAUCAGUAGUCCACGCUCGAGCACGCCUACCUUCAUCGACUCAGGGUCGGAAGACGAAGGCGACGAGCCUGAUGUUGAGAAGCAGAAACGACGGAGGCGGCGACGGGAGAGUAUGCCUGGCUCGUUGCCCGGGUCGGAUGGCUCGGGUUCGGACGAAGACAUACACUUCGGCGUGGACGACGCGGGAGAUGGUGCUUACGAUGGGGAGAGAGAAGUGGAGGCCGCCGAGGAAGCAUUCGACGAAGACUUCCUCGCCGCCGGAGAGAUGGAGAAAGUCCCAUUCUUGUGACGGAAUAGAUAUUACUGUAGAGCGCAUCACUGGCACGUACUAAUUUACAAGAUCUGUCUGUCGAAGGUCGGCUUUGUAGCUGCGCUUGUUGCAUGGGAACGCGCCGGGCCCCCAGUACACG